AUGUCUCCAUGGUGCAGGGCACAGGUGUCCUCUGGCAAACAAGGGUGUAAGGCUGUCUUCUGCGGUUAAUAAGUGCGGUGGGAAAUGGCCCCAUCACAGCUGGCAUUACCCUGCAGGGCACUACCCCUCGUGAUUUUCCAAGCAGAAAGGCAUUGAGGACAGCAGCUCUGGCACAGCGUUGCUGGGCUUCGCGGGAUUACUUAUUCACUGUGUUCCUGGAACAGCUCCAGGCUUCCUGUCUCUGCCUCGUGUGUACAAAUUCAUCCAGUAUUCACAAGGUUCACAGUCCCCAGAGGCAAGACAAGACAGUAGGAAGGUGCUUCAUAUUCCAAAUCACACUGUCUCCAAAGGACCUGCGGUGCUCUGGACGGACCGAACUGAUAUCCUCUCUUCUUCUACCUCCCUAAUGCUUAAUCAGGGUAAUUAAGGCAGCAGAAUCAAUCUGGAUGGAUUUCAUUGCCGGGGCCAUUGGAGGUGGUCUGAGCACAGCAGUGGGUUAUCCGCUGGACACAGUGAAGGUAAGAAUUCAGACCGAGAGGCAUUACAAUGGGAUUUGGCACUGCAUUCAGGAAACAUACAGGACAGAAAAAAUUUGGGGAUUUUACAAAGGUGUGUCUGCAUCAGUCCUUGCAGUAUCGGUGAUUUCUUCUGUUUCGUUUGGCACGUACAAAAACUUCCUUUGUACCAUCUGCAAGCUGCGAUACGGGGCUGCGGAUGCAAAACCAUCCAAGCUGGAUGUUUCUCUUGCUGGAGUUGCUGCCGGUGCUGCCCGGGUUUUGUUGAUGACCCCUAGUGAAGUGGCUAAAGUUCGCAUGCAGACUCAGAGGAACCCACAUCCGUCCACUGCAUCUCCCCAGCCUGUUUCCGAGCCCAAGUACCGAGGAUCUCUGCACUGCCUGAAGGUGAUUGCCAAGGAGGAAGGUUUUGGGGGUCUCUACAAGGGCUGCUCUGCAUUACUCUGCAGGGAUUGCUCCUCUUCUGCAAUAUAUUUCCUUACUUAUUCUGCUCUGUGCGACUGGCUCAAACCAGCUGGGAAAGAUAAACCAGGUUUACUCAUUGUCCUACUUUCUGGUGGCUUUGCUGGAGUCCUGGCCUGGGGAUUAGCUACUCCCAUGGACGUCAUUAAAUCAAGGAUGCAAACAGAUGAAUUAGACCAGCACAAGUACAAAGGUCUCAUCCACUGUGCUAGAGAAAGCGUGAGAAAGGAGGGUGCAAAAGUGCUUUUCAAAGGACUGGGGUUGAACUGCAUUCGUGCUUUUCCUGUGAACAUGGUGGUGUUUGUAACGUAUGAAGCUGUGCUGAGAGUUACAGAUCAUUAUACAAACAAAAAAUAACUUGUGCCACUCCGUUCAAGGGUGUAUUUUGUUUAGUUUAUUUUGUUGUAACACAAUAUCCACAAUUGCUGAUCUCCUUUGAUGGGCAGUGUAAGAAGCAUGGACAUUUCAGCACAAAACUGGAUGGCUGACAGCUUUGUUUUAUUCUCAUAGGAUGACAAACUCACCAGGGAGUCUCGGACUUAGAUACAACCUCCCUUUUAUCUCAUUAAUAUAUUUAGACUGUAGCCACUGCUCAGGCCCUUGAAACACUGGGAAAUAUUUAUGUUCUAAAAAGCUGAUAGUCUCAUCAGAAUUUUUGGUAAAGGAUUCAUUUUGUUUUUUACUGGCACAGGAAAUGAUCUUCACAACCAAGGGAAGAGCUGGGGGGAGCUUGUGUAAGAUUUAACACUACCCAGUGCUAUUUACACGUAAUGCCUGUGUUGCAUUCCGUGAGUAACUGAACAUAUUUGUGCUUCAGGCUGCAACUUUUCCUUCCCAGCUGUAAUUUUCCCAAAGUACUCUAUAAUUAUAUCCCUUUGGUAGCAGAUGAAAUACGAACCUCCUUGCUUUUUCGUGUCAUUAUUUAAUGACUGGCAGACGUAGUCUGUUAACAUAAUCACGCUAACAGCCUCAUGGAAAGUGAAACCAGGCAGGGGUUCCUGUAAACCGAGUGCUUUUCUCGCUGUGCUGCCCUGAGUCCCCCAUCAUCCGUCCCCCCCGGGACACUGAGUCUCCGUGGCUCUCCGGAGCUGGGCACAGCUUGGACGCAAUCUUUUCUCAUCCCGGAGUGGGGGGAGGAAUAGAUGCAAAACCUCUUUGCUUCUCAAAGGAAGGGCUGCCAUAAAAUCCAUGUGCUGCGGGGUUAGGCAAGUUAAAGGAGAAUUGCAAAGUUGUUGAGUUUAACUAAGAUUUACUACUUUUAAAAUGCAUAUACUCUUCUCACUUCAGUGUUUGAAGCAGCCAAAAGUUGUUGGUUGUGUUUUUUUGUUUUGUUUUGUUUUGUUUUUUCCCAAAAGGUGCAUUUUGAUAGAAUUUCUGAUGCUCCUAACAACUAUUUAUUUUUCAUAGAGGUACAAAGUUUCACCAACAUGUCAGUUAAAAAAACCCACGCUCACACUGUUGCUUCAGAAGGAAAGUCCCUAAAGCCAGAAAUACUUUAAUUUGCUCAUCCUGCCUCAAGAGCAGCAUAAAUGUUUUCUGUCUCCAUUUUUAAUCCCUGGACGGACAUGUGGAGCAGACCAGAUCCAGCUCCUGUCAGAUUCUGUUGCAAGGGCGUUUUCUGGAGGUAAAGAGGAAGAUUAUAUUUUGAAAGGAGCUCUUCAGGGUUGAUGCCCAUCUUGUCCACAGCCACUUUUACCAGUUGACAGCAAGGCCUUGACUACACUGAUAAUCAUUUUUCAGCAGACAGGACUUCUCAGCUAUGCUGGACAUAUAAAAAAGGUUCUUGUAUUUAAAUGACAGGUGCUACUAGAAAAGAAUAAAGGAGACCUCUUCCCCUCCAGAGAAAUACUGGUAAAAUGCUCCAGAACUGUCCUCCUGAAAUCUAAGCCUUCAGUUGGCUUUUAAAACAUGUUCACAGCCAUGCUAUCAAACCGUCAUCGUAAUUUUUCUCUCAGGAGUUCAUCCAACUCUUGCAGUUGAAUCACAAGGAAGGUUAAAAGACCAGGCAGGUGCGGAGUAUGUCACCUUAAAGGGGAGUGAAAUGAAAGACCCAACACUGAACUGGAUUCUCUCCCAAAGUGCUUAUGGCCUCAGCAACCUACCACCCACGGUUACAUCUUGGGGUAUCGGCAUCAAAGCAUUAAACUACCUUUAGUCAGAAAGUCCUUAUAACAGGAGAUUUAAUUAAGUCCUCAAGAUCUGGAAUUCCUCUUAAUAUGGUUAUUAAGAGUCUACUAUCCUCCCCUCUUUCUACAAGGGACACAUUUGAUCAAGUAUUGUCCCAGCUGGGUAGUGAUUUAUCCUGGCUCUGCCUGGGUACUUUCUGGAAUUGAAGUCCUUCAUGCUGUAUUGUUCUCAGCCAACCUUGCUCUCAGGCAUUACAUCUUCUGAACAGAGGCAGUAAAAAAUGCCUGCAAAUCAGACUAAACAACCGUUUAUCCUUAGGCAGCAUUGAUACCAUCCAUGGUCAGCCCAACGUUUGAAAAUAAAGUAGCUCAGCUGUCCUAAUAGGCUCAUACAUAUUCAGAUGACUAAAAAUGUCCCCUCCUGUGGAUGUAACUGAAAUACAACUGGUUUGAAGAAACAGAAUUACAGAUGAAUUGUAAAAAUGAGUGGGAACAACUGUGAAGCUAGUGGAGAGGCUGAGAACUGUAAGCCUUCAGGGUAUUCAGCACCACGUAAAAGCAGGUUCUCAUGUGGCCUGAACAAAUGCUACACAAGAGGCAAGCUGUAUCUUCAGGCAGCUUAUUUCAGGAAGGUAACUGCUUUGCAAUCCAACCUGCUCACAAGCCUUUACUGGAAAUAGCAUAUACACAGUAUGUGGGCGACAACCUGCCCUAGAGCCAGAACCCACAGUGAAUUCCAACUGAUACGAACUACCAAGAGGUACAGGAAUUGACUGAGUAAGUACUGUGAAGACAGGUACAUAAAUAUGAACCAAGUUUUGUUUAAUGACAUGACACAUUGUACAUAUUAAGUACUUUACUACAUACAUACCAGGCUGGGUGUUUGGCUUCUGGAUUUUAGAACUUGACUGCUUUAUUUUCUGGUUUCUUUGUAUUACCUUGACCUUCAGCUACUCUGAUAAACACACAACUAUUUAUUCUGAUGAAUUAGCUCACUGAAGGCCAGCUAACAGAAUAAGACACCACAUUUGCUGUGCUGAUAUUGGAUUUACAUUGCUGUAGGGCCUGCAGCUUAUUGUAUAGAUUAUUCCUUUCAGUAACAAAGUUGGUGGCCUUAGGAAAAAAGUUUUCUUUAGAAGGCAUAUUCUGCUGCAUGUUUUCAUGUUGCCGGUAAUUCCUGUUUCCUCUGACAACAUUCAUGAAUAUCCUAGUAGGCUUCAGCUUCCCUCUUGGUGACUGUGGAAGAUCCAUAUAAAGCUGCUCAGAACCUGUGCUCUUCAGAUAGCAGCAAUUGUGGAGUAUCAUGUUUCCACUUCAGUACUGGUCUUCACGCCAAACCUACUGAAACAUCAUUGUAAAUGGGUCACAUUGACCUUUCCCUAUUUCUGAGCUGGCUGCUGGAUACUGGAAAAUUCAACAUCCAGUCUCACCUGAGACCAGUUAAUCUUCAGAAAACUGACCCUUAUUAGCUUGCUUUGGGAGCAAUCCAAAGUCUACCUGGCAGGACUGGGUAGAGUGGGUUACAGGCCACCUUGUGUCACUGCAUGAAAAGCACUGGAGACCAGAACAAGGACCAGCUCCAUCAGAUGACUAAAUCAACACCUAAAAAGCUAAAAAGAGAGGAGUAUGUGUAAAUUAAGCCUUCUAAAAAUAAUAAUAAAAAAAAAAAGAGUAAAAUCAAAUUAGUUUGAUACAGACUUUUAUCUACAUUUUUUAUUACAGCAAGAUGAACAAAAUGAAAACAAAUUGAGGAAAAUGUAAUGAACAUUGCCUGAUAACAUUCUUACACAUUUCACACAUGCUUUUGAAGAGUGCCUUGUCUUAACUUUUAAACACCUCUGGGACACGAAUUGUAAUUACAACCGAUUUAGGAAUUUGCCAAGACUCUGAGAAACUGUAUCAUUUCAGAGCACAUUUGUAAGAAACCAACAGUACUUGAUUAAGGUGCUUGCUCAGUAAACAAAUACUGACUAA